AUGGGGGGGGACCCAAGGAGUAACAGAGGUUCCAAGGGGGACAAGAGGGGACCCAAGGGACGAUCGGGGGGACCCAAGGGGUCACAGAGGAUCCAGAGGGGACAAGAGGGGACCCAAGGGGUGACAGAGGAUCCGGAGGGGACAAGAGGGGACAAGAGGGAGGGGACCCCAGGGGUGACAGAGGAUCCAGGGGGGGACAAGAAGGGAUCCCAUGGACGAUGGGGGGACCAAAGGGGGGACAGAGGUUCCAAGGGGGACAAGAGGGGACCUAAGGGAUGAUGGGGGGACUCAAGAGGUGACAGAGGUUCCAAGGGGGACAAGAGGGGACCUAAGGGAUGA